UUAAAAAUCAAAUCAUGACUUCGUGCCGCUCGCGAUCCUGUAGCCGUUUCUGUUCGAUCCUAGUGUUCGCGAUUUUGCGAAACGCGUGACGUGCCUUGACAGUACCGAUGCGGAUAAUAGUAUUAUUACUGAUCAUUCAGUGCAGACGACAAUGUCUGGAAGUAGCGAUUCUGAAGAAUUUUUUGAUGCGGAGGAUGAUACUUUCCACCGCAAUUCACGGAAAAAUAAACAGCAUGAUUCUACCAGCAAUGAGAUACAAAUUAAGGACACAUCAGACACUUCCAAAAAAGCAGAUGAUGAUGUUUUUGUGAAACCUGCUGAACCUAAACCAAUUGCAGAACCAAAGGAACAUGUAACCAUAGAAUGUAUACCUAGUAAAGAUAAACUUGAGGAAGAUGGAAAAGAAUCAAGCAGUGAUAAGAUCGUGGGUAGGAGGAGAUUUCGUGAACUUCGACAGCGUAUGCAAACAGAGGAUGAUGAUAUCCCAAUUAACAGUUCCCCUCCAGAUAGCCAAACAUCAUCUAUCGAGGGUGUUUAUCCUACUCCAUCAAAAACAACUCAUCCAUUUAGGAUCAUAGAACAUGAUACUCUUAGUCUACAAAGUAUGACAUCUUUAGGACGAGUGGGUCGAAUUUUAGCUGGAACUGGAGACAAUGCUUCUGUUGUACUUGUAACAAAUGUAACUCAAUGUCCCCCUUCUGCCAUCCUUACCCGCGACAGUCAAAUGUCCUCGAUUGCUAGUAUACCAAGCAAAGAUGAGGACACGAUAUCUGGUAAGGUGUCCCAGUCCUCCAGCAUCCUUACGUUAUCAGAGGAUAUCCUACAGGAAUCCUCUGUUAACAGUAGGUCCAGCUAUACUUCUCAUUCACAAAAUGAUAAGACUGUUAUACUUCAAGAGCCUGAUGUCAUUGCUAGUACAAAGAACAAUGGAAAAUCAAGCGAAGACAUUACUAUGGUUGGAAUACCUGUUGCACCACCAAGACGUAAAAAAAAGACAAAAGCUCAGACACCUACUGACCUUGCUCCGUCUACAACGGAGUCGGCGUUACCUGCUUCGCCGUUACCGAGUCCUGCAAGCACUAUUGAAUCGAUUACUAGAGAAUUUGAGCAUUCUCUUGAUAUUCGAUCUGCUACAAAAGGACAAUAUGUUGUUAAACCACAAGAUGAAGAUAAAUCGAAAGCGGAAGGACCAUCAGUUGAAGAAUUGGAAAGAAUAGAAAGAGCAAAAACUGAAUUAAUGAGUUUGAAAUCAAGCAAUAAAUCAAGUAGUCCAGUGGGAUCCAUGUCUAGUAAUAGCAUUGGCCGUUAUUCUUUAGGCCCUCAUAAAUUUUCGGGUUUAAGUCCUUCAGGUUCAAAAGAAAGACGAAAAUCUGCUGGUGAUCAAGAUAUGAUCAAACAGUUAAACAUGUUUGUCAGAACGAGAACAGACUCUGGAAAACGUUUAACAGAUAUGGAGAUUUUAGAGCAAGUAACUGUAUUAAAUUUAGAUACUGGAGAAAGAGUGCCAUUAAGUAUAGCGGAAGAUAAAUUACCACAGUGUAUUAAUCCUUUGUCGCUUCACAUAAUGAGACUCACGUCAGAAUAUAUAAGUAAUUCUAGUCUGGAGAAAGAAAAAGAAAGUGACGAGGAAAGCGUGGACAGUAAAAUGUCCAAUAUACCACCAGACGAAGAUGUAACUGUUGGUAGAGUUCGAAAGAAAACUCAAAAGUUAAAACGAUUCUUAGGAUCUACCGUAAAAAAGACAAUGGACAAAGCAAAAUCUAUCGCGCAAGAAGUGUCUCAUGCAGGGCAUAAAGAAGAUGUUAUGGAAAUACCAGAUGAAGUUUAUCCUGGCGAACAGAAAUGCAUUAAAUUAAAAGCGUCCAAUAGUCAUAAAGGACCAUACGAGUUUAGUUGGUUACAACAUGUUCAAGACUUACGCGGCGAACAUGUGGGUCCUGUUUGGUGUAUGAAAUUUUCUGCUUGUGGACGGUUACUUGCUACAGCAGGGCAAGAUCGAGUUUUGAGAAUUUGGGUUCUACGCGAUGCUUUUUCUUACUUUCAAGAUAUGCGAACGAAAUACAAUGCCGAGAAAGUUAGUCCAACCCCUUCGCAAGAAUCUCUGGUCUUGCAACAACCCAUGGAAGAUCCUGAUGUUGUGGCUAGUGCCUUCAGUGAAAUAGAAGGGACGAAAUGCCCUUUCAUGCCAAAGCCAUUUUGCAUUUACGCAGGCCAUACCUCGGACUUACUUGAUGUUUCAUGGUCUAAAAAUUAUUUUGUUUUAUCAUCGUCAAUGGAUAAAACCGUGCGACUUUGGCAUAUAUCACGAAAGGAGUGCUUGUGUUGUUUCCAGCACAUUGAUUUUGUUACAGCAAUAGUAUUUCAUCCCCGCGAUGAUCGAUACUUUCUCUCAGGGUCUUUAGACGGUAAACUCCGUCUCUGGAAUAUUCCAGACAAGAAAGUAGCCGUGUGGAACGAAGUCGAUGGACAAACUAAAUUAAUUACCGCCGCAAACUUCUGUCAGAAUGGAAAAUUCGCGGUUGUGGGCUCGUAUGAUGGUCGAUGUAUAUUUUACAAUACGGAUCAGUUGAAGUAUCAUACACAAAUACACGUUCGAUCUACAAGAGGGAAAAAUUCAACAGGAAGAAAAAUAAGUGGUAUCGAACCUAUGCCAGGCGAAGAUAAAAUCUUGGUUACGUCGAACGAUAGUCGUAUUCGCUUGUAUGAUUUGCGAGAUUUAAAUUUAUCGUGCAAAUACAAAGGUUACGUUAAUGUUAGUAGCCAAAUUAAAGCGAGUUUUAGCCCUGACGGACAGUAUAUAGUUAGUGGUUCGGAAAAUCAGUGCAUUUAUAUUUGGAAAACUCAUCACGAUUACUCGAAAUUCUCGAGUGUACGUAGAGAUCGAAAUGACUUUUGGGAAGGUAUAAAAGCUCAUAACGCUGUAGUAACAUGCGCAGUAUUUGCACCAAAUCCAGAUAGUAUUAUUAAACAGAUCGAAGAAAGAGAGCAGUGGCGGGAAAAUAAGGAAGAUGUAAAAAAUCUAGGUAGUUCAACCGUAGAUGUUCCUCCAGUUGAUCCAGUGGUUGAACAGCGCACUAAAGGCUGCGGCGGACACGUUCUUGUAAGCGCUGAUUUCAAUGGGUGCAUAAAGGUUUUUCUAAAUAAAACAAGACCUAAGCAUAGUUCCCUACCAGCAUCUGCUCUCGCAUAACACAAUACUGCAUUCAUUUGUGCACUAUUGCUAAUAAUUAGAAAAGAAUAAGAACACCAAUAUAUUAUAUGCAUAUAUUUGUUUUACCUCAGUGAACGAUGUAGGGACUCACUGUAAGCUGUUUUUCAUGGUAAACGUGAUUGUACUAAAAAUUUUCGAUGACAAAAUAUUUUGAGAUGCAUGCUAAAAGGAUUAUUUCACAAUAAGAAAGCUUCUAACAUAUAGUUAGUAAUACCAAAACACUCAUAAGUUUGAUGUUCGGAUAAUGUUUCGGUUUUCUUAUCAUAACGAGUAGCAAAUUGUUUUUUAUUUUUUCUAAAUUAAAUAGUUUUUGCAUAUUACUCUAAUUAUAAUUUUUACUAAAGCUUUAAGUAAGCUAUA